UGCCAGGAGCUGUUGCAGCCAAUGACUGCCGCCCGUGGACACCGCGGUGCCAAACAAGAAGAAGAACAACCAAGUAAAGCGAUAAAAACGAGUGUGUGGACAGAAAGUUGACUCAUUUCACAGGUGAGCUGUGUUACUUUGGACUUUUGGAGAAUGACGAGGCGUUGCCUCCCCAAGUGUCGCUGUCGCUGCCCUCGAAGGAGUGGGAGUGACCUGACCUGAGCUGACCUGCGGAGUUUGAUACAAAACAAAAAAACAGUUUGUAUGUCCAAAUAGGACACCGCGAGUUUAGGGCGUGUGGCCUGUUCGACUGCCUGGACACAAGUGUUUUUAACUCGCCCACAUAUAUUCAACUUCGUCGGGAGACAGCUGCGGACCACCAUGUCAGCGUCGACGGCAGCGGCCGCCGGCCCGUCCCAGCAGCGGGUGGCGCACAGCCGCUCCCCCUCCGCCUCCCGCUGCCCCGCGUGCGCCAGCAACGCCGGCACGCUCCGGUCACAGCCCGUGCGCGCCACGGUGCCGUACCAGCUCUUGCGUGGAAAUCAGCACAGCCCAACCCGCUCCGCCUCCUCCUCCUCCUCCUCCUUCUCCUCAGCAGCCGGGAGCAACACAGGACCGACGACGUCCCGUUGCUCCAGUCCCGCCAACCCGAGUGGAAGCGGCUCGGACGGCAGGCCGCUCCGCAGGCAGAGGCUUUCACCGCCGGACGGCCGAGGCUCGCCCGAGCGCGCCCCCCACCCGCCGCCUGCCAAAGGCGAAAGGACCAACUCACAGCAGGUGUGCAGUUUGGGGGCCAUUGGGUGGACUUCCGCCUUUUGUACCAUCACCGGGCCCUAUCUCACUGGACAGUGGCCUUGUGACCCCCACGUGCUCUACCCAUCUUGUAUGAAAGAUAAAUCCACACAGACUCCUGGAUGUUGGAGUGAAGAAGCGGGAGAGCGGAGGAGCACCCACCAGCGCUCUGCGUCCUGGGGCAGUGCCGACCAGCUCAGAGAGCAGAUAGCGAAGCUUCGGCAGCAGCUCCAGCGCGGCAAACCAGGAGGACGCCACAGUAAAGACAAGGACCGACUGUCCCCGCUCCAGUACAACACCGUCACCUACACCACCCUCACCAGCACCACCAACCACACCUCCACUGUUGGACACGUUCAGCACUUCUCCAUGUCGAAGUCGGCCCAGAUGCCGCUGUCCAACAUCACAGUGCCAAAGCCCUCCAUCUCGAGGGUGCCCAGCAGCAUGGAGGGCAUCAACCAUGAGCUGGAGAAGGUCUUCAUCAAAGACAACGGGGAGAAGGAGGAGCUGAAGUCGCUGGAGGUCCCCGACGGGCGGCGAGCGCCUUUCCCCCCCCAGCAGCGCAGCGGCAGCAGCCGAAGCGUGGACACCCAGACUCCUUCAGCCCCCGGCCGGUCCAGCAGCUGCUCCAGUCUGUCACCCUGCCCCUCACCAGCUUGCCCACCGGGAUCGCACGACGGCAGUCCCUACUCCACAGAGGAUCUACUGUACGACCGGGACAAAGACAGUGGAAGCAGCUCACCACUGCCCAAAUUCGCCUCUUCGCCCAAACCCAACAACAGCUACAUGUUCAAGCGAGAGCCGCCAGAAGGCUGCGAGAAGAUUAAAGCUUUUGAGGAGAUGAGCAGCAGCUCGAGGCAGUCCACGUCGGCAUCGGCCCCCCUCUUCUCCUGCCCCGACAAAAACAAGGUCAACUUCAUUCCAACAGGCUCAGCGUUCUGCCCAGUCAGACUCCCCGGCUCUUUGCUCCUCACGCCGGCCUCGGAGCCAGAGGAGGACGAGGACAGCGCCGCGGCGGGCCCGGGCUCAGAGCCCCAGUGGGCUACGUCGGCCUACGGCGCCCCCUCUCAGGUCUCCACGAGCACCAGCACAGACGACCCUCCGGAGGAGCCCGGCUCACCUUCAGAGACUGCAGACCCCCCGACAGACAGCCCCGCCAUCAGCUAGGCCUGAGCAGAGCUGGCCUCUGGCUCUGGGAUCAACGCUAGCGACCACCUGCCAUCACCACUAACUGUCCCACUCAUACCUCCCUCUGCUCUGCCAGGGGAGUCUGCCACUCUCUGUGCUGACCCCCCCUCCCUCAAUCCCCUCCUAUCUCUGCAUGACGUAGCAACAAUGUCCCGAUUAACCACCACCGCCACCACAGAGACUCACCACCUUAACGUCCUGUCCUGCAUAAUGUCUGAGCUGUUGUCGGUAGAGAGGAACUUGAUGGUGAAAGGUUAAAGGUUGAAGGUUGUCUUAUGCAGGCAUCAGAGGGAGGAACGGAGCACUUUGGAUGAAGGGGGGGAGGGCAUGCAUUUUAAACUGGUAUUCCGGUUAGAUUAUGUGUUGUGUUGUUUCAACAAUCACAGUAUGAAUAAGCUCUAUACAUAUGUGUGUCUCUCUCUAUAUACACACACACACAACGUAUGUGUGAAGAUAUAUAAACAAACACACACACAUUUAUAAAUAUUUGUGUGUGUUAUGUAUUAUAAGAAAGACAAAUGCUUAAAAAAAGAAAUCCAAAACUUUGUAUUGCUGUGUUACGUACUGAACAGGAGAAACAGCUGUCUUAUGGAUUGGAUUAUGUUUACACUAUCCAGGUUACAUGAUUAAACCCUGUCUCAAAAUGCAAAGAGCAAAUCAUUUGGGCAAAGUCUUAAAAAAAAAAAAAUGGCCACAAUUAGGUUGCACAGUGUCUGCAUCUGGCCUCGCUUCAGGUAUUUCACAAUCAGAGUCUAUACUCAGGUAGUUUGGAAUGUAUGUCCAUACGAAUAUCUGCAGCUCGACGAAGCAGAGCGGAUACACUGUCACGUAUUCCUGGUGGUUUUCUGUCAUUCCCAGACGAGUCAUUCCUCUCCGUUCCAGAGUCCGGUCUGAGACCAGACCUGCGACAGGAGCUGCAGAGGGUGCAGGCUUGAGUCGGUGGGCUUCCCCCCUCGUGGCCGCCCUUUUUUUAAUCAACUGGUGGCGGGACACUGAACGGACCGCACACACUGUGACUGUGGCUGAUAUGACGUGCGUGGCUGUGUGCACUGACGGAAGCGUACUGGACAGAGACUUGGACAGACCUGUGGAGGUAGUCUGUUAUUUAAGUCUGACGAGUGACUCUUGUGGACAAGCGGUGAAGUCUGCAGCAGCAUCACGUGAAGAUGCGCUCACACGGAAGCAUCAAGCUCUGUGUACAGUUUGGAGAUGGAGUUGUACAAACAUUUCUCUGAGGUUGAAAUGCCCUUAUUUGUUCAAAGAUUCAAGAACCAGGUGUAACGUUUAACAGUUUAACCAAACUCCAUCGAGACUACAACUCAUCUGAUACUGGAUUUCUGAGGUCCAUAUCAACAUUUGUGAAUUUGCUAAAUAUAUAUAUAUCGGCCAAUAUGUUAUGCGGGUCCUCCGCAGUUGGAAGAAUUGCAAACGAGAUAUGAAGAGCACAAUGUUUUUUCAUUUGAAAAAAAAAAAUCUCCCUUCGGUGGCUGACAUUUCUUCCACUGCAAUUCUCUGGCGAGGAAGCAGGGAGCCGAUCAUUGCUUUUAUAGAAUGAACAAGACGUGUUUAUGCACUGAUAUUUUUAUUUUUAUUUCAAUUAGAGAAUUUAAAUUUUGCCCUCGUCGAGCAAAUGUUGGAAUAAUGAACAGAGAAUUCUGUGACGCCGUUCAGAUGUCAAGUGUUGCUAUGCUGCCCUCAAGUGGCAAAUAAUCAAUGAAUGCAGCUUGAACUUGGUAGCAAGCAACACAGAUAUUUGAUGGCUGCAUUUGGUACUUGACUUUUAAAAAAAUAUAUAUAUAUAUUAUCAUCUUACAGGCACAAAAAUGAAUCUUGUUGGAUGCCCGGCCGAUACGAAGCCCUGAGGAACAGUGGAUAUAGCCACACAGUCUGGUUAGGUCUGAAAAAAAUAAAUAAAUAAGGUGUAGCCAUAUCAGAUGAAUAUUUGUACAACUUUUAUCUCCAUUCAGUUGAUACCCAAACUUUAGACUGUUCUGAUCAUCCAGAUAAUUGUUGUUUCCAUUGAAAUAUAUUCCACGAGACUUCAGCAUCCCAGACAUAAAUAGACUCUCAAACGAUUCACUCCUAUAAUAUAUCGCUCAGCCUUUCGUUGUGAUUGCCGUUAAGAGACAAGCUGCAGCGGUUGGCUGCAGGUACAGUAGCACCUUCAUGUUUUGUGAUGCACAGAUGAAAAAGGGGGUCACGGCCGCCUGUCUCAUAUCCACCAGGCGCCCGGAGCCUCUUCCUAAACAUCUCACGUACUCAUGUGCUAAACAACUUCUCCCGCAUUUGAGAAUCGCCAAGUGUAAAUGAUCCACCCUCUUUGAUUUGCAAGAGUGAAACAUAAUCCACAUUUAUUUUGAUACCUGGCGUGCUUGUGGAAUCCCCUGCAUUAAAUGUUCCAUCCAUGUUUUUGCAUAUAUGUGGCUUUUAAAAGAGGCUAAAUGCAGUGUCGUGGUUUCUAAAGAUGUUUCAGCACCUUACCAAGAGCUAUAGCUUUCCCAAUGUCCCACAUGUACUCGACAUUGGUAAACUAGAUGUGUGCAAUAAUAGGGGGAAAAAAGAAAAAGAAAAAAAGGUGUCGUCCCCUGGGGGAUGUUGUCCAUUGUUCGACUCGUGCGUCUCAUCAUGCAUUCCUUUGGUUUUGAGCGCGGGGGGGGGGUUCGUUGCUAAAGCCAUCAACCGAUACAAAACCAGCACUGAGAGUGACCAGAGCACAUCACUGGCAGGUUAGAGUGUCCAUAAACUCACCACAUCAUACUCCUCGUGUAAUCUGCAUUGUCAAAGUUCAUGCACAAUGGCAAUAAAAAAAAGAUUAUUGGUU